ACAGGAAGUUUUUUUUUUCGUUCGUCGUUCAGUUCAAUCAAUCAAUUAUUUGUGAAGCCUCUGAAAGUGUCAAACUGUUAUGUUAUGAUGUUUCGUUAAAUAGGAUUUAUUCCUUGAUUAGUAAAACGUAACGAAUAAUCCUGUCUGACUAAUACUGAUCAUGGCUGAUUCUACAACAGAAAACAAUGCUGAUAAUGUAAAUGAAGCCCCCAGUAAUCAGGAAGAUGCUCGAGCAAGGGAACUAAUUUUUGACUGGCCUAUUAAUGUGGUUGUGUCCGAACCUAAGAUCCUUAGCCCUGAACCAGAUGUGGCUCAACAGGGUAAAGAUGUACAGAAAUUAGGCCCGCUAUGGAAAACUGUGAGAUAUGCAGAGACAAAGAGACAGUUUGAAUCCACAACACCUUUCUGUGCAUUGCAUGUGAACCAUGAGCUUGAAAGUUUGACUCCCAGAUGCAAGUCAUUUGAUAUGCUGCAGAGGUUUGAUCAAACUCUUGCAGCCGUGACACAUGGGCUCUUGAAACAGAAGAAAAUACUACAGAGUACUAUAGAUGGUUUACCGGUAGAAGUGAGAAAUACCGUUCAGAAUUCAUUGCAGUCAGCCAAUUCUCAGUACAAAAAGAUUUCUGAUGAUUUAUUACAAUAUGUUUGUGGAAGACGGUCACAAGUCAUCCAACAUAGAAGGGAAAUGUUCUUGCCACGAAAUAUGGGAGUGCGGGAAGCUCUGCACGCUAUACCACCUACAGAGCUUGUCUUGUUUGAAAGUAGAAGACUGUCACAACUUGUAGAAGCCUUGCCUGAUAAAAUAGAUCAUUUUGUCCCUAAUAUGGACAAAUGCAGAUGCUGUCAGUUCCACAAGCAACGCCGAAGGCAGUCUUCAGAAGAACCUCAAGAUGAUGAACCUGUGGUGCCUGACAGAAAGAGACACCACAAACAGUGCAGGAGAAGAAAUUCAUCUGAUGAUCAAAGUUCAGAAGAGGAAACUAGGUUUCGACGCAGAAAGAGACAACCCGAGCAAUGUAAGAGAAGGCAUACAUCAGGGGCGCGUAAUACAGAAGAUGAUUCUGGUCCAAGGAGGAGACGCCGCUAGGGCUUUGCUACAGUUUUAAUGUUACAUUUUUGGAUCAGUAUUUUUUUGUUCAAUUGAAUUCCAAUCUCAUAUGAGAUUUUAAUCAUAAGUUAAUUAAGGAUAAUGACUUGUCAUGUGUUUAUUGUUAUUAUAUUAUGUUACAAGUAAGUAAACAUUUAAGCUACAAUAUUGCA